UCUUUGGUGACUUCGCCGGCCAAUCAACUCCUUGGCGUUUGCCAAACGCAUAUGACCAAGCAGUAUUCAUCAACAAGCUAAACUCGCUGCCAAAAAUUUACAAAUUAGAAGAGUUGUAGCUCUCCUGAGCUUUUUUUGUGUAUUGGCUGCAUAAUAAAAAAUAACCAUGGUGGAUGCUGGUAAGCUGUUAAAGAUGGAGGUGGACUACAGCUCCACUUGUGACGAGAAAAUUCCUGAGUGUGAAAAGAUGGCCAAAUCCGGCCAACUGAACGAGGCCAUUGAGGCCCUACUCAGUCUGGAAAAGCAGACUCGGACUGGCUCCGACAUGGUUUCAACCAGCAGAGUGUUGGUCGCCAUUGUGCAGCUGUGUUUUGAGGCCGGACGUUGGGACUUGCUCAAUGAGCACGUCGUUGUCCUUUCCCGCAGAAGAAGCCAGUUGAAGCAGGCUGUCGCGAAAAUGGUGCAAAAAUGCGUAGAGUAUGUUGAUAAGACCCCAGACAAACCAACAAUGAUCAAACUAAUUGACACACUUCGCACUGUCACCGAGGGAAAGAUCUACGUUGAGGUUGAAAGGGCUAGGCUUACGCACAAGCUUGCGAGAAUGAGAGAGGACGAGGGCGAGAUUUCCAAAGCUGCGGACAUCAUCCAAGAGCUGCAGGUGGAAACAUAUGGUUCGAUGGAAAAGAAGGAAAAGGUCGAGUUGAUCUUGGAGCAGAUGAGGUUGUGCCUUGCCAAGAAAGACUACAUCAGAACUCAGAUCAUCUCCAAAAAGAUCAGCCCUAAGUUCUUUGAUGAUGAAUCUACUCAAGAGCUCAAACUCAAAUACUACAAAUUGAUGAUUGAGCUUGACGGUCAUGAAGGCAGUUUCUUGGCCACCUGCCGCCACUUCAGGAGUAUCCUUACAACGCCAGUAGUAAAGGAUGACUCAGCAGAGCGAGAUUUGACACUGCAGAGCAUCGUCCUGUACCUUCUACUCGCGCCCUAUGACAAUGAGCAAGCCGACCUUACCCACAGAGUGCUGGAGGAUCCUCUGCUUGACCAUGUGCCCCACUACAAGGGUCUUCUGAAGCUGUUCAACACUCCAGAACUGAUCAACUGGAAAGGUUUGUGCAGUGAGUAUGAGCGUGGUCUAACCAGCCGCGACAAGUUGAUUGCUCCGCCUGAUAUCUUUGACCCUACCACGCCCAAGGGCCAGUCUCGCUGGAAGGACUUGAGAAGUAGGGUGGUUGAGCAUAACAUUAGAAUUAUGGCCAAGUACUACACAAAAAUUUCGCUCACAAGAAUGGCAGAGCUCAUGGAUCUGACCAUUGAGGAAACGGAGCGUGUGCUGUCAAGUCUGGUCGAGAAUGGAACUGUGAAGGCCAAGACUGAUAGGCCAGCAGGCGUGGUCAGUUUUGCUGGCUCGCAAGACCCGACCGACGUCCUCAAUACUUGGUCCACCAGGAUCAACGACCUGAUGACCUUAGUCAACAAAACCACCCACCUGAUCAAUAGGGAGGAAAUGGUGCAUAAACACCUGAUGGUGGGCAGCGCUACAACUGCCGCCCCAACCGCUCAGCACCAGGACUAUGAGAUAGCUGACUGAUUGCUCGGUCAGAAAAAGAACCAAGCAGCUCUCAACUGUCUCUUUCUUUUCCACUCAAUGCUCUAGGUGAACAUUCAACUUAAUGCUGUUUUAAUGCUUUGUAAUCAGUUCAGUUCGGAUGAAUUUUGUUAAUAAAAACAUAGUUUUAUUAAGUAUUAAAA